CAUUCGUAAAUGUCAAAUCCAUGAUGCAUGGACGACGAUUGCACGUGGUGAAUUUCAUAGGUUAUGUUUAUUGUUUUUGUUAUUAAAUUCUCUCAUAGAAUCAUGAAAAUGAUCAAUGUAAAAUGCAACAAAAUGUGGAGUAAGGUGUAUCAUUGAUCAAUGAAACAUAAAUUAAGGCAAGCCGUAUCAGUGUCAGUUAUCACUGAUCAUAAAGAUUGAUGUCGUUUCGGCUGUGGUAUUGGCUCUUCUAUUGUCGCUACACCAACAACAAACAACUUCAGUGCGUUGACUUGGUCUUAACUCAAGAGAACAGAGAAGAGAGAGGUGUUUCACUGUCGACCUACCUGAGAUGUGAUAAGAGAUUCUUAGGGACACUCGGAUCCUGGUCAGAUUUACAUGUUUUGCUGUUCUAGACUGACCAGGUUGGGAGAAAGGAUGCUUAGCAUGAACUCAACUCUAGUUGAAACAGUCAGCAUAAACUAUGAAGAUUUCAACGAAAGUUUUUUGACAUGCGGAACGUGUUUGUGCAUGUACGAUGGGCAGGAGCACACUCCGAAGCUGCUGCAGUGCUCGCACACGGUCUGUCUGCACUGCCUCGCGCGCAUCGCUGCCUCUCAGACUCGCGAUGCCGGCUCCUUCCGCUGCCCCAUCUGCCGGGAGUUGAUUCAGGUGCCGAGAGGCGGCGUGGCUGCGUUGCCGCCCUCGUUCCUGGUCAACCAGCUGCUCGACCUCAUGUCCAGGCAGAGAAGGGAGGUGAUACCCAAGUGUUCAGUCCACAUCAACCAAGAGUUGCUGUUCUGCGAGACCUGUGAUACUGUGUUCUGCACUUUGUGUACUGGGGGCUCCCACCAUGACACCUCGAACAGUUGUGAACACACCAUCAUACCUUUUUCAAUAGCUAUCAAGAGGAUGUCGGAAAUUUUGCUGUAUAAGGCCAAUGACUGUAUUUCUAAGUUAACUCAAGCCCAAGAAGGUGUAAGCUCGGAAUUGACUAGACUGAAUUUAGCGAAAGAAGUUUGUCUGGAUGAAAUCAACGAGACAUUCCGACAUAUUCAAGCCUUGAUGGAACAAAGAAAACAAGAAAUCAUCGACAAUGUGAAUUCUAUUUGUACGGAGAAACGAAGAGUACUGGAAGAACAGCACACGCUGAUAGAAAGUGAGAAAAAUAAGGUCGAGCAGGAAUGCCAAGGCCUCCAAUACCAAGUGGAGGUGCGCAACAUCACGCAGCGCAUCGAGAUCCUCUCCGAGAAGCUCGACUCGACCAUGGCGCUGAGCGAACCGCGCGAGAACGCCUUUCUGGCCUGCGACUUUGGCCUCAACGACAGUCUCGAGCAGAUCCAGCAGCACCUCGGCGUUCUGGGCAAAGUCCGGACGAGCACCACCUUUCCCAGUCUUUGCACGGCCAAGAUGGAGGACAGCAUGGUAGCCGUGGCCGGCAUCGACAACUUCGUGACCUUGAGGACGGUGGAUUACGACGGCAACGCGCGCAAGAGCGGCGGCGACCCGGUGCGCGUCGAGCUGCAGAUGGUGACGGCCGAGGGGCCCGCCGAGAGUCACGCGGUGCGAGUGGUGGACACUGAAGAUGGCACUUACAGGCUGUACUUCCGGGUGCCGAGGCCCGGCCGAUACGGCAUGCAGGUGUUCGUGAUGGACCGUCCGAUCAAGGACACCCCCCUCUACUUCGACGUGUCAGAGCACAACGAGCCGGUGCUCACGUACGGCUGCAGGGGUAGCGGCAAAGACGAAUUUUUGCAGCCGGUGGCGGUCGCCGUCGACGACAGGGACGGCGCCGUGUACGUGCUGGACACGGGCAAUUCCAGGAUCAAGGUGCUCGACGAGGGUUUGGAAUUCGUAAGGCACGUGACGAACGAGGGACUGCUCAGCAGGAGCUGCACAGGUAUCGAUAUUUCGAACGACGGCCUGGUGGUGGUGAACUGGAGGACCAAACGCGUCACCGAGAUGACGACGGACGGCGAGACGAUCAGGUCGUUCACGUACAACGCCUUCCAGGAGCCCAUCGACGUGGCGGCCGACAGGAACUACGGCCACGUGCUGGUGGCCGACAGCGGCAUGAGCUGCGUGUUCGUCUUCGAUGCCGACGGAAAGAUACUGUUCCAGUCCAUAAUUAAUCCUGCAUUAGGAAAAAGACAAGAACGUCUCUUUCCAGUAGUUAUUGCUAAAUGUAAUUAUCCUUCUGAGCUGUGGUUUGAGAACAUCAUUUUUGAGCAGGUAGGCAAGAAGGGGACCUUCAGUUUGAUUGCUUCAGUAGCAGUAGGGCCACUUGGAGAGAUCGUAGUUGCUGAUACAAGAGUGCAAAUGUUCUCUGCCAAAGGAGACUUUAUGGAAGUCGUCUACGAUGAAGGAAAAGGUAAAGGCAGAUAUGGCGGUAUAGCCGUCGACUCAGACAACAAAGUCCUCCUGACCAGGACCGAACAGAAGGGCAGAACGUACGUGCAGCUGCUGUCUCUCACGGAAAACUCUCUCAAUCAGUGCAUCGAUUCGUACGAGGCGAAGCUGAAGCGGCCAAGUGGUCUGGCCGUCACCAGCGAUAACCAUGUCAUCGUAGUCGAUUUGGGAAACAACUGUAUCAAAAAAUAUAGGUACUGGUAGAAGGUUUUCCUUCCAACUCAGAUCUCGCCGUUAUGUGAUUGAAAAAGCCUGAUGGGAACUUACACUGAUGCUGGAAAACCUGCGGUUCGAAUAAAAUGUGUUUAGUUCAGUUGAGUGUAGUAGUGCAUUUCUAUUAUUGUUAGACUGGGGCACCCUACCGAGUCAUCAGAGGAGACCCAUGACUCGCCCCUUAAGAAUUAUAAUUACUGUACCAUAUGUUCUACGAGGCAGACCAACCUACUAUAUAGACUUCACGCUUUCAAUACUAUUGAUUUUUUGGUUUUAACAUUCAAUAUCUUGAAGACAAAAUACGAGAACGAGAACAUAAUGUUUUCCAUUAUCCUCACAAUUAUUUCAACCAACCAAAAAUGUGUAUUUUCAAAUUAUGGGAAUAAUCAGUGAAACUUUAUCAUAAAUUACGAAACACAAGGUUUUUAGAAUACCAUAUCAUUCGCAUUAGUCUUGGAAUUCUUAUAUUACUGUUAGAUAUAAACCAUUGUAAUAGCGAGGUACAGAAGAUAAUGUAAAAGCAAACACUCCAAGUCAAAUAUGUUUAUAAGCCAAGCCAUGGUGGAAAUAUAGUAUGUUGUGCUACCCCGCAUCUUUGUGGACGUUACUGCGAGUAAAACAGUUGGUCAGCGGAUGUCCGCCUCUGUCUCAAUAUUGACAGACAUCUCUAUUGACACCGUCCAUGUCUCGCUGUUCGACAGCGUAUUUUGAAUUUCCGUGAACAGUUUUGUUGCAUUUUGCUGAUAGUGAACAUUUUGGAAUGGUAGGAGGGGUUAUAAUAUUAUACCAACCAUUCUUUGAAUUGAUGUCAUCUCGACAGCAAGCUUUUAUCUAUUGCUAUUGCUAGGACGCGUGAUAGAUUUUCGGGAACCGGAAAAAUGAUAUGUUAGCCCCCCUAGUGCUUCUAUUUGUAUUUGAGGAACCAGAAAUGGCACAAUUAGGCAUUUUUAUGAUGUUAAAAAUAAAAAAUUAAAUAAUUAAUGAUGACAGUGACAAUCUCGCAGUGACGUCAUGCGCAGAAUACGUGAAUAUUGGACUCGUGAGUAUCAUACCAUACUAUAUAUUUCCACCAUGAGCCAAGUUGUAUUAGUUCCCGAGAUGCUUCAGCAUGGUAGAAAAUAAAGAAAUGGGGCGAGAACCGCGGUUUUUCCACUACAAGCUCUUAUUCCCUAAUUCUUUUUUUUUUUCACCUGAAAUCUUCACUUAUUUGAUGUCAUUGAGAGUCGUUGAUAGCUGUCAGAUAGGUAAUAUUUCUACUGGCAACUAAUAUCAAGACCGCUAUAAUGUCAUAUCUCAAAUUGCUCGCCUGAAAUUCACCUUCCUAAGAUAUUAAGUGUAAUCUAGUUUCUUGAUUGCUAACAUAUAGGUUUCUUCGAAAAUAAGUCCAAUUAAUCGGCGUUAAGAAGUUUUAAAAUGCUUAUAAGCUUUCAACCAGAGAUUGCACUUGAAGAUUAUCUCUGUACAUUUGCCAUGGUUUGCAUUCUUCAAAUUUUGUUCAUUUUCAGAAUAAUGAAAGUGUACUUAAUCAUUGUAUAAUAGGUAUUGUUAUUUAAUUUUUUUUAUCUUUGUCUAGUCAUUAGUAUGUAUUUUUGUAUAGCCGUUAUUUAUUGUACAUAAAUGAAUUAAAUCACAUUUCAAUAC